AUGACGGCAACAAGUAAAAAUAUUGAAUUAAUUGUGAAACAAUGGACUACAUUUGAUUUGAAAACAAUUCAGCAUGAUUUGGAUGUGACAACCACUGAAAUAGCUAGUCGUGCUGAUGAAAGUGAUCAAUCAAGAAAAAAAUUGGUUGAAUUAAGUCGAGAUUUUAAGAAAAAUACCAGUGAAGAUGUGCGCAAAGCCGUUGCACCUAUAUUAAAAUCAUUUCAAAUCGAAAUUGACAGUUUAUCAAAACGAAGUAAAGCAGCUGAAAAAGCUUUUCUAGAAAUUUAUCGACAUUUAACUGAAUUAUCCGAUCCUGUGCCAGCCCUUGAAUACGCUCAAACAUUACAACGACGAGCAGAAAAAGUAUCGGAUCUUGAAGUUGAAAAUCAAAAAUUACGAGAAACUUUAGAUGAAUAUAAUCAUGAAUUUGCUGAUGUAAAAAAUCAAGAAGUGACAAUUAAGCAAUUACGUGAAAAAAUUAAAGAUUUAGAAGAUAAAACAGAAUCAACUAUUCAGCAACGUGUUAAAGAAAAAGAAAAAGAACUUCAACGUAUCUUCAGCGAAAAAGAACGGCAGUUACAAAGUCAACAAUUUGAUCUUGUUACUAAAUAUGGAGAAAUGGAAAUGCGUCAAACACAAUUACAAUCAGCAUUAGAUCAUGCACAUCAAGAAAUGUUUGAAUAUAAAUCUAAACAAGAUGAUGUAACAAGUGCACGUUCAUCUGAAAUUGAUAUACUUAAUCAAGAUUUAGAACGAGUUAAUGAACGUGCAGCAAAUGCUGAACAUUUAGUUGAUAAACUUCGUGAACAACUUGAUCAAGCCCAACAAUAUAUGACAUCAUCAACAGCAACAAACAAAAAUUUCGAUGACAAUCUUUCUCAAGAACAAUCCGAACGAAAAUUACGUGAAAAACUCGAACUUGAAUUAGCAAGUAAAGAACGUGAAAUAGCAGCUUUAGUUACUGAUACACAAAAAUUACAAUCAACUUUAAUUAAAGUUAAAGAAACAUCAGUUUCACAGAUAUCUGAUCUUGAAAAUGUUUUAAAUACAAAAGACAAACAUAUUGCACAACUUGAAAGUAAAUUACAUAGUCUAGCUGAUUAUGAUGAAAUUAAACGAGAAUUAACUAUUUUAAAAUCAAUUGAAUUUCCUUCAAUGAAUCGUUCAAAUGAUGAACAAACAAAUAAUCUAUCAAAGAAAUCAUUGGAAACACUUUUAUUAGAAAAAAAUCGAACUUUACAAAGUGAAAAUACCCAAAUGAAAGUCGCAAAUGCUGAUCUUGAAAUUAUUUCACUUCUAUCAUCAAACGAUACACUUCAAUCAUCUUGCAAUUCUCUCUCUGUUCCUGUUGAUACAAAAUAUCCACUAUGUCCAACAAUGAUUACACCAACAGCUCCACUUUUAUUAUCAACAUCAUCAUCAUCCGAUCUCUAUUCCGGUCAACAACUUAAUGCCGUCCAAUGGACGAAACUUACAUGUCCAUCAUCUUCAGAUGUUAAAUCAUCUAUAUCUACACCAUCAAUUAAUAAUUCUUUAGAACCUCUUGAAACAACACAUGUAGCAAAUAUUGUACGAAAAAUUCUUGCACAACAUAAUAUUGGUCAACGUAUUUUUGCUCGUUAUGUCUUAAGUUUAUCUCAAGGUACAGUUAGUGAAUUAUUAUCAAAACCUAAACCAUGGGCAAAAUUAACAGAAAAAGGAAAAGAAAGUUAUAGAAAAAUGUGGUCUUGGGCUAAUUCUGAAGAAAGUAUUUUAGCAUUAAAAAGUAUUAGCCCACGUAAAGGUUCAAAAGAUUCGACAUUUACUACGAUACAACAAAAACUUGUUCAAGUUGUGUCGGAUACACAAAAACCUUCUCGUACACCUUCAGCAUCAUCAUCAGCAGCAUCAUCACGAGCACCUUCACCUUCCGAACAAAAUUCAUUUAUACCUCCCGCCAUAUUUUCAGCAUUUGUUCCAUCAUUAUUAAUGCAAACAACAAAUAGACUUAAAAAUGAAUCUUAUCCAUCCUAUAAUGUUCUUUGUCCUCAACCAGAUAAUUAUCGUAAUUGGUUAAUGUUACAAGAAAUUGUUCGAAAUAAUACAUUAUUUAAACAAUUAAAAUCAUCACCAGAUACAGAUGAAAGUGAACAAGAAAAUGAAGAUGAUAUUGAUAAAGAUACAACAGAAAUUCCAUUAGAUUUAAGUAUGAAAAUUGAUACAGAUCAAACUACAAUAAAUAAACAAACUGUCAUUAAAAAUAAUAAAACAAUUUUAACACCAUUAAAUGAACAAGAUAUAGC